CCACUGUGCACUGACACAGCAAGCAGCUGGCACAGAGCAUGAAAAUGAAACAUCAGAAGUGUGGUUCGUGCAGGCGACAGGGCUUUAACCCAACAGAUGUGAUAGAAUUGGGAUCGUACUGAAGAUAAGGAGUAAAGGUAUCUACAAUCACUUACAUUUGCAGUCUGCUGAGUUAGCACAAAACUAUUGCUUCCCAAGGACCAAGUUUGUUUGAAGUGCAGCUACUUCCCGGAACAGUUCAGGAGAACAUGGCAUUUGCCUCUUGACACCCAGGAGCUCUAUAGUAGAUACCACCAAGCUACCGACCCUUGGAGGACAAAGACCAGCCCGGCUGCCUGCCAGUAGGCCCUGCUAGAGUGUGGUGAAGUGACUCGGUCCCUGACGAUUCUGCCACCCUAAACGGGGGGAACUUCACACAGCCAGGACUCAAACCUGCGCUCCUCAGAAAGCAAACAACAAAACCCGUCUUUGUUGUCCAUAGAAACCUGGCCGAAGUAGUUCCUCAAUUAAAGAACUGCCUCAAUUAGACAAGAAAACUGGCUGCUGUGCAGAAACGAGAGACGGACAUCCAAACAGGAGUAACACAUGUGAGCAGCAGAGCUUUUGAUGAAAAUAUGGCCAUUGGAGAUGAUGACCUCAUUGGGAUCCCUUUCCCCAACCACAGUAGUGAGGUGCUUUGCAGCUUGAAUGAGCAGCGGCACGACGGACUGCUCUGUGACGUCAUCCUGAUCGUGAAGGACCAGGAGUAUCGCACCCACCGGUCAGUGCUGGCUGCCUGCAGCCAGUACUUUAAGAAGCUUUUUACUGUGAGCACUGCUGGAGAGCAACACAGUGUUUACGAGAUCGACUUUGUCACCCCAGAAUCCCUGGCUGCCAUCCUGGAAUUUGCUUACACCUCCACGCUCACCAUCACCACUGCCAAUGUCAAGGACAUCCUUAGUGCUGCUCAGAUGCUGGAGAUCCAGUGUGUCAUUAAUGUGUGCCUUGAGAUAAUGGACAUCAACAGAGAGGCUGAUGAAGAAGGAGAAGCAGAAGAAGAAAAAGAAGAUGAAGAAGAAAAAGAAGAAGAUAAUGCAAUGGAGGCUUCAGAGAAGAAGGAACCACAGGAGGCAAGCAACAUCCAGGAUUGCCCACCAAGCACUUUGAAACCUGAACAUACAGAGGGUCUCUUCAGUGAAACGCCAAGGGACUCCGAAAGUGUAAAACAGUUCACAGAGAGACGAAAGGAAUCAGAAAGCUUAGAGGGUGGAACAUCUGGGCCUUUAAGGAACUUCUCGAUUGAAUCCUUGCUACAAGAAGGGCUUUAUCCAAAACUGACCACCCAAGACAGAAUGUUGACUUUUUCCCCACUUAUACCCAGUUUCCUUCCACCUAUGUGGGCUGGGGAGUUCCCAGGCUUGCCCCAGAUCUUGCACCACCAUCACAACCACCAAGAGGUUGAGAACAGACCUUUGGAUUUGGUCAUCAAAAAGGAAAAUAUUAAAGAGGAGCUCAAGGAAGAUCAUCCCGCCAGUGGGUUCCCUAGUGACUUCUUGAAAGACAUCAUGGGCAUCGGAGCCAGGAGUCAGCUGGGGCACAUCAAAGAGGAAACAGACUUUAGCUCCUACCUGAACUUCUUAGGUGCCUCCCACCUUGGAGGACUCUUCCCCCCUUGGCAGUUGGAGGAGGAGAGGAAGAUGAAGCCCAAGGCAUCUCAGCAAUGUCCCAUCUGCAAUAAAGUGAUCCAGGGGGCAGGGAAACUGCCCCGCCACAUGAGGACUCACACUGGAGAAAAGCCAUACAUGUGCAAUAUUUGUGAGGUCCGCUUUACCAGGCAAGACAAACUAAAAAUUCACAUGCGGAAGCACACAGGAGAGCGGCCGUAUAUCUGCAUCCACUGCAACUCCAGGUUCGUGCACAACUACGACCUGAAGAACCACCUGCGCAUUCACACCGGCAUGCGGCCCUACCAGUGUGAACACUGCUACAAGAGCUUCACGCGCUCCGACCACCUGCACCGCCACAUCAAGAGGCAGAGCUGUCGAGUCUCACGCCCCCGGCGAGGCCGCAAGCCUGCAGCCUGCCGCUCUGCUAGCUCACUGUAUGCUCAGAGUUCCCACCACAAUGACAGACCUCUCCAGCAGGAGCAGCAGGCCGGAGGCAGGCACCUCCCCCUGACCCUUGGCAUGGAUAUCGCAGUCUCUGGUGACAAACACUUCUUGGAAGAACGAUGUCACAGCAGCAGCAGCAGGAAUGGUUUGAGCUUCAGUGUAGAGGAUUUGGACAACAGCAUAGAGAGUUCGGCGGUCAAGCUUUCUGAAAGGAAGCACCUUCUGGAAGCAGAGCGCAACCGAGGGGUCUUCACUUUUGCUCUGGCCCAUGAGGAUAGCCUCCCGCACCGCCCCUUCUUCUCCGCUGGUGACCCGUGGGGCAUAAGGCUUGGACACACUUCUUCCAUACCAGAAGCCAGUAAUUAAAAAAAUUAUAAUAAAUAUACACAUGCACGAAAAGGGGAAAACCAAAACAUGGACUUGCAGAUAUGAUUCCUGACAGCCCCACUUGAUUGAGUGAUUCAGGGUUUAUUGGUGCAAGGCAAAAAGUCUUUGUACCACUUGCCAGCAACUAGCCGGCAUUAUUUUAGAACCUUAUUUGUUUUGUUGGGUAGCAGUGUACGUUUUCACACAAACAUGUUUCUAAUUGUGAAGCAUAAUGAAGGCAAUUGUUUUUAAACUUAUUUGCUUGGCCAUCUGACAGGAACUUUGCCCUGUCCAGCCAUGUGCAAAUAUUCAUGCAGAUUUGUUUGCAUUUACCUGGGUGUAAAAGUUUUAUUGGGAUAUGUAACUUGUGUCAGAAAGUAGGUUUUCUUAUGUUACUGUUUCAUUUUUUUAAAGGCUAAUAAAAACUACAUUUUAAGUUCUGGAA